AAAAGAGAAAGAAAAGAAAAAGAAAAAAAUACCUGGAAGGAAAAAAAAAAACUAAACCGAAAGCGAAAGCUUGAAAUCUUUUUUUUUCGUGGUUUCAAAGUUAACAAGUUUUUGAUUACCAACACGUAAGAAUAGCGUGAAAUCUUGAUUAAUAGAGCUGUCUCUGUAUUUAUAAUUAUUGUAUUCUUCAAUCUCGUGGUUCUGCAAAUUUUGAUUACUUGAAAACAAGCAGAGAUGUGUAGUUUGGCGACAAAUCUUUUACUACCAUCGACGAUGAAACCAACUUUUCCACAGAGACAGAGCAGUAAUAGCUCACUCUGUGUUACCACUAGAAGAUCCAAGAUGAAUAACAGAUCUAUUGUUCCUGUCGCAAGAUUGUUUGGACCGGCGAUUUUUGAAGCCUCCAAAUUGAAAGUAUUAUUCUUAGGAGUUGAUGAGAAGAAGCAUCCAGCUAAGCUCCCAAGAACUUACACUCUAACUCACAGUGACAUAACCGCUAAAUUAACUUUAGCUAUAUCUCAAUCCAUCAACAAUUCUCAGUUGCAAGGAUGGGCAACUAGGUUGUUCCGGGACGAAGUUGUGGCCGAGUGGAAAAAAGUGAAAGGUAAAAUGUCGCUCCACGUUCAUUGCCAUAUUAGCGGAGGCCACUUCCUCUUGAAUCUCAUUGCGAAGCUUCGGUACUACAUCUUUUGUAAAGAAUUACCGGUGGUAUUGAAAGCUUUUGUCCACGGAGAUGGGAACUUGCUAACAAGCUACCCAGAGCUGCAAGAAUCUCCUGUUUGGGUUUAUUUUCAUUCUAACAUUCCGGAGUACAACAAGGUCGAAUGUUGGGGCCCGCUUUGGGAGGCCACGUCACAGCACCAGCAUGACGGAAAUAGAACCCGUAAAAAGAGUGAAACUCUACCGGAGCUACCUUGUCCUGAUGAGUGCAAAUGUUGCUUUCCGAGUGUUAGCACGAUCCCGUGGUCUCAUCGUCAUUAUCAACAUAGCAAAGCGGUAGCGGAUGAGAAUCUCGCGGAUGGCAUGUUGGGAAAUUUUGGACCUAACGCUGAGAGAUCGAAAUGAUAGAUGGCAUAACAAUGUGUAUUUUGUUUUUGUUUGGUGGUUAGGAAAAGUGGGGACAUGACAGUUUGUUUGUUCUUUGUAAAUUGGGUGUAAACAAUUGUAUCCUAAGUCUUGGUAUCAUAAGUUAGAUACUUCUUUUGAGGUGAAUAGUUGUAUUAGACCCACCCGCGAUGCAUGUGUUUUGAUUGUAUGGUUAUGAAUAGAGAUAAAUAGUAGCAUAUCGUGUGAAGUCA